AUGAUGCUUCCAUUUAUAGGAGCUCAACGUCCACGAAGUUAUGAAGUAUUUGAGGGAGAUAUCUUGCGUAGUCAGCCCUUACGUGAAUUUCCACCUCCCGAUAUUAUUCAUUUAUGGGAUCUAUUGACUAGUCAUAAUAUUGUUGAGGAAUUUAUUCGGUUGAAGGACUCUGGUGGUAAUACCGUUUUUUUGACUCCGAUUCUUAUUUAUUAUCGUGAAGAAUUUGGACGCUACCUGGUUGAUUCUGUUCGUGCUGAUUUUCUUAAAGACAUAUUAGAAACUAUUGUUGAUCAAUUGAAAGACCAGCCUGUGCAACUUUUAAAUGUAUUGGAUGCUCUUACAAGAUUGUCUCCUUUAGCAACACGGGCAUAUCAUUCACUUAUGGCAGAGCUCUACUCGGAGUAUGCUCCAGAUAAACUCUUGACCUUUAUUCAACAUCCUCAGGUGAGUGAAUUAAAUUUGAAGAAACUUGCUCAAUUUGUUGAAAAGCGAAAGAUGUUUCGAGAACUUGUUUAUAUUGUUGGAAAAACUGGGAAUGAUAUUGAGGCUGUUUGCAUGGCUAUUCGAUGCAUCAAAAGUGUACCUCUUGCAAUGGAAUACAUUAAGGAUCACCGUGAUGAUACUCGGCUUUUGAACUUGGUUAUGACGAAUGUGAUUCAAUCCCCCAUUCUUAUUGGUGAUUUUUUGGACGCAGCUAGUGAUUUUGUGGAUAUGAAAAGUUUUUUGCAGUCCAUUCCUACACCAAACCGCCUCCAUGUUUCUCAUGGUGGUCCUCGUUUGAAAAGAGUACUUCAAGGCAAAUCAUGCUUUAAACGUGUUUUGAAGUCCUCUUUAGAUUCUAUCUCUGUAGAUAAUUACAUUUCACUUAGUCAUUUGCGGCAACAAAAGUGCAGGGGGGCGCGUUGUAUACCAGGGGCGUUGUGCAGUUCAUGUGGUCAAAUUAUUUUGGGGGAAUAUAUGGUAAAUAGUUCUGGGGCUGUCUUUCAUACUGGUUGUAUCUCACCUUCCUUUACACAGUACAAAAAGCGUGAAACCAAGAUCAAUCACCGGAAUGGAAAAUCCAGGAAUAGUGAGGAAAAUACCUCCAAAAUGGAUUAUAUUGAGUAUUAUACAAAUAGGUCGCUAGGUACUUCUAAUCCAAUUAGAUUAUUGCCGGAGAUAGAAAUUUAUCGAAUUCUUUCUUUUUUGGCUCCACAUGACCGAGAAUUUUGUCGGGAGGUGAACCGUGAAUUUCGAAAAUCAGUUAACUCAUUUUAUCUUUUUGCCAAGAGGGAAGACGAUAAUGUCUUUAGUCGUUAUUAUGCCAGGUUGGACAGCGUUGGUGAGAGGAAUUGCUGGUGCACCUUACACUUGGGAAAAAUACCUGUAUUUACUUCUCUGAAACGUGUGCAACGUUAUCAUGGCGGAACCGUUUAG